UCCUCCCUUUUCGUCUUCAGUUCCUGGACACGCCAUUUUGACCAGAUUGCGAAUUUCUUGCUGUUUGAUUGUGUUGUAUUCAUACCAUCACAGAAAUAACCAUGGGUAGGAAGAAAAAGAAGCAAAUGAAGCCAUGGUGUUGGUAUUGCAACAGAGAUUUCGACGAUGAGAAAAUUCUCAUUCAACACCAAAAGGCGAAACAUUUCAAAUGUCAUAUAUGCCAUAAGAAAUUGUAUACGGGUCCAGGUUUAGCUAUUCAUUGUAUGCAGGUUCACAAAGAAACUAUUGACGGAGUUCCGAAUGCCAUCCCUGGUAGAACUGACAUUGAGUUGGAAAUAUAUGGUAUGGAAGGAAUUCCCGAGAAAGACAUGGAGGAGAGGCGACGUGUUUUGGAGCAAAAAACGCAAGAGAGUCAGAAGAAGAAGCAGAACCAAGAUGACUCGGAUGAUGAUGACGAUGAUGAGGCGGGGCCUUCCUUCCAGCAACCGCCUGUCCAGCCCCAAGCUGCAUACGCGCCCCCCAUGACCCAAGCAGGCAUGCCUCCAGUGCCGGCUGCACCAGGGAUGCCACCAGGCGGUUAUGCGGGUAUGCCCCCAAUGAUGCCUGGUGUGCCUCCUAUGAUGCCAGGAAUGCCCCCUGGCAUGCCAGGCAUGCCGCCAGGCAUGAUGCCAAUGGGUGGAAUGAUGCCACCAGGGCCUGGAAUGCCACCUAUGAUGCCAGGCAUGCCACCAGGAAUGCCCCCUCCUGUGGCCCAUCGGCCUGGCAUGCCCCACAUGGCCCGGGGUCCUCCGUCCACGGCUCCCGGCAUGAUGAACAGACCCGCCAUGCCCACUGCCAACGCCUCCUCGGCCCAGCCGGCGCUCACCAAGCCCCUGUUCCCCAGCGCAGGACAGAUGGGAACUCGGGCUCCAAGUACAAGUACCCCCUCAGCGAGCGUGGACACUCUGUCUGCAUCCUCUAAGCCUCUGUUCCCUAGCACAGCACAAGCUCAGCAGGUGGGUUCCGGAGCGAUGGGGGGCGACAUGAAGCCCCUGAGCUGCCCGGCUACCUCCUCAGACCCGGCCAAGCCCACAUUCCCUGCCUACACCCAGUCCACUGCUCCGGCAGCCAGCUCGGCCUCGGGCAGCACUGUGUCCAAACCGCCCGCUGCCGUGACCAGUAAGCCUGCCACACUCACCACCACCAGUGCAACCAGUAAGUUGAUGCACCCCGAUGAGGACAUCUCGCUGGAGGAGAUCCGGUCUCAGUUAUCCAGAUACCAGGGUAAAAUGCCCCGGCCAGGACAGGCCGCCAUGGCCAGCCCGUCUGUUACCCCCAUGAGCGGCAUGAUGCCCCCUCAGCAGGGUAUGCCACCCCAACAGCCAGGUGUGCGGCACCCCAUGCAUGGGCAGUAUGGCGGUCCGCCCCAAGGCAUGCCAGGGUACAUGACUGGCGGCAUGCCUCCUUAUGGGCAGGGGCCGCCCAUGGUGCCCCCUUAUCAAGGAGCACCACCACGGCCGCCCAUGGGCAUGAGGCCUCCUGUCAUGUCACAGGGAGGUCGCUUCUGAAGCCCCCAACCAACCGCCUGUCUUCAAUAGGUUUGGAGAUUCAUCCCUUUUCUCAUCUAGAGCUGUUUAUUUAGUUGCCAAGUUGCCAGUAACGGUAAAUGUAAAUUCUACUUGCGCUUGUGAGAGGAAAAAAAAAAACUGGGGGCAGAGGAAAAAAAACGAAAAAAAAAAAAAACGUAACAAAGCAUGGGACAUUUGCAUUUGAAAAACAAAAAACAACAAAAAAAGGAAAUCAAAGCAUUUUCUUUUCAUCUGCACCUGAUGGAAUCUGUUGUUGCAAAAUCAUACUGUGUGUGUGUGUGUGGCUUUUUUGUCCCCCUCUUAUGUUCCAUUUAGGUUUUUAGAAGUGUAGUAAAUAUGGUUCGUAAUGUUUUGAAGGCGCUGGAGUUACAUGAACAGGCCCUCCUUAACCAAGGCAAGUCUCUGUAAAUACACGUACUGUGCUUAUUAUCUGCGCAGCCUUCACAGCACGCUUAGGUGCUGUUGGACCUCUGUGUCCCCAACUGAGUUUGGUGAGGGCUUCCUCAGGUAGCUGUUGUGUCUUUUCUGCUUGUCCACUUCUUAUUUAACUUUAAAAAAAAAUAUCUUUAUUUUAAUUCAGCUUCUAAGUAAAAACUGAAAAAAAACAGCACAGUCACACACAAAACUGUUUCUGUGAAUUUGAUUUCUGUACUGCUGUAAGACAUUACCCCUUGUAAUAAAACAUGUUGAAAACUUCA